UGCACACGUUCAAGGAUCAAAUCAGAAUGACAAUAUAUCAUUUGUAAUCAGCUGUUGUAUGGCGACCAAUCAUAUUAGCGAAUACAAUAAAUAAAAGUUUAUAAUUGGUAAAUGUUUUUUUUUUUUAUUCAUUUUUAUUUUCAUCUAAAAAUAUUAGUGCAGAAUAAACCAUUUUUGGUCUAGAAUUCCGUUAAUUUACUUUUUUUUUAAAUGGAAAAUUAAAAUCGUUGCUGCAAUUAGUACUUAUUUUGAUUUAAAAAAUGGAUUCUUUGAAAGAAAUACUACCUACCAGAUUAUACGAUAAAUUAGAUAAAGCAGGUAUUUGUACUACUAAACAAAUAAUUAUUCUUUCUCUUUGGGACAUUAAAAAACUUACAAAUUUGAUUAACGACGAGAUACUACUGAUUAAAAACAUUGUUACAUACAAUUGUAGCCCUAGUAGUAUAAAUGGAAUUUUAUUAAAAGGAAAUAACGCUGCUGUAAAGAGUGGCUGUGGAGGUAUUGAUAAAAUAUUGAAAGGAGGCUUUAAAAGAGGUAUAUUGACAGAAAUAUAUGGUGAAAGUGGAACAGGAAAAACACAAAUUGUACUGCAAACUGCUGUUUGCUGUGGUUUAAGUGGCUGUGUAUAUAUAUGUACAGAAGAUGUUUUCCCUGUAAAGAGAUUUAAUCAGAUGAGCCAGAACAUUUGGUCCAGUAAGGAAGACACAGCAUGCAGAAACAAUAUAUUUAUUGAACAUCUGACCGAGUCCCAUGAAUUAUUAUCUUGUAUAAGAGUGCGUUUACCAAAACUUUUAAAGUUAAAUAAGGUUUCUGCUGUUAUAAUAGACUCAGUAGCUGCUCCUUUUAGGUGUGAAAACACUAAUUAUAUUCAAAGAGCAGAGGAAUUAAAAGAACUUGCUAUAAAUCUUCUUUAUAUAGCCCAAGAAUAUAACUUAGCUGUUAUUUGUAUCAAUCAAGUGACAGCUUGUUUUAAUGGUUCUGAUGAUGUGCUUCCAACAUUAGGUCUGGUGUGGUCGAAUAUGAUCACUUGUAGAUUAAAAAUUACGAAAAUAUUUAAGGAAUCUAGAGAAUUGACUAUAGCUUACGCUCCUCAUUUGCCAAAUGGGUCAUCUGCAAAAUUUUUAAUUACUAAAAAAGGAUUAGAAGAUGAAGAUGUAUUUGAUAAUAAAUAAUCAAUUAAC